ACAGUAGUUCCGCUAUUAUUUCAGACGAACCAAUUAUAGUGACGCACUGCAAAGUCCAACGUUAUUUAUUUCAAAACGUACAGCUGUAGUACGGCCGAAAUAUGGGAGAACAGCCACUAAGGGUCCUGGCGUGUGGGGAUGUUGAAGGAAAGCUUAACGCGCUGUUCAGUCGAGUCCAGGCCAUCCAGAAGAAGACCGGGCAGUUUGAUCUUCUGUUGUGCGUUGGAGAGUUUUUUGGAACAACAACAGAAGCUGAAGCAGAAUGGCAGCAGUACAAAACAGGAGCCAAGAAAGCUCCCAUCCACACUUACAUCCUUGGAGCAGCGAGCCAGGAGACAAUAAAGAAUUUCUCUAGCGCUGAUGGUUGUGAACUGGCUGAAAAUAUCACAUAUCUGGGUCGGAGAGGCGUGUUCACAGGUGUGUCAGGGCUACAGAUCGCCUACGUUAGUGGAAGGGAGGCCCUGCAGGAACCUUCCCCAGCUCACUGCUUCACCUCCAAAGACCUUUCGGCACUUGUGGCUUCACUAACUAGCAGCUCUAAGUUCAGGGGCGUUGACAUUCUUCUGACGUCACAGUGGCCUAGAGGAGUGUGGCACUACGCCAGCAACCCGGAAGUGAACACACAGUCUUGCGGAAGCAGCUCCAUCGCCAGCCUCGCAGACAAACUGAAACCGCGAUACCACUUUGCUGCACUAGAGGGCGCUCACUAUGAACGUCUUCCAUACAGAAAUCAUAACAUUCUUCAGGAAAAUGCGCAACAUGUGAGUCGAUUUAUUGCCCUGUCGAGCGUCAACAACCCGGCCAAGAAGAAGUAUUUGUACGCCUUCAACAUAAUCCCCAUGAAGGUCAUGGGCCCAUCAGAGCUGGUGAAGCAGCCACAGGAUGUGACAGAAAACCCCUACAGGCGCCCUGUGAAAGACAAGACUGACAUACAAAAGACCAGCUUCAGCACACUGGAGGAAGAGGAGCCGGCCAAUCAAUUCUUCUUCGACCUGGGCAAGAAGCAGGGUGCGGCUUCUCGAGGCCGCGGCAGGAGGAGACAUCCCGACGGUGAAGGAAAUCCCCAGGGAUCCAAACAGCCCCGCAGGCACCCUCAGCCUUCUGGUCCCUGUUGGUUCUGUCUUGCCAGUCCUCAGGUGGAGAAACACCUUGUUAUCAGCAUAGGAACUCACUGUUACCUGGCUAUGGCCAAAGGGGGACUGACGCCUCACCACGUGCUGAUCCUGCCUAUUGGUCACUACCAGUCCGUGGUGGAUCUGAGCUCAGAAGUGGUGGAGGAGAUGGACAAAUACAAACUGGCCCUCAAGGCCUUCUACAAAAGCAGAGGCGAGCGUUGUGUGCUGUUUGAGAGGAACUUCAGAAGUCAGCACCUACAGCUACAGGUUGUCCCGGUGCCGCUGGACCGCUGCACCACCGAGGACAUAAAAGAGGCGUUCAUGGUCCAGGCUCAGGAACAACACAUGGAGUUGAUGGAGAUUCCUGAGCACACCGAUCUCAAACAGAUUGCUCCUCCUGGUACACCAUACUUCUACGUUGAGUUGGACUCCGGGGAGAAACUCUUCUACCGCAUCCAGAAACAUUUCCCUCUGCAGUUUGGCAGGGAGGUUCUGGCAAGUGAGGCACUGCUUAACAUCCCAACCCGAGCUGACUGGAAGGAGUGUAAGCAGAGCAGAGAGGAAGAGGAGGAGAGCUCUAAACAACUGAGGGAUGAAUUUCAGCCUCAUGACUUUACCUGGGACGAAUAACACACACACACACACACACUCAUUCACUCAUUCAGCAGCACCACAACCAGGGAAUAAUUAAGAUGACUUUCCGUUGGAGGGAUUUUCAGCUCGAUGCUAAGCUAGCCAGGUUGCCACAGCAACACACAAGUUACGACUUCUCAAACUGGUAUGCAAGUGCUUUAGAUCACAUUUUGGACUUGUAGCGGUGAAGUCAUAGUUGGAUUGCAGCUGCUGGUGACUCUACAUGUCUGAAGCCCCAGAUGUUUAUUUGAGUAAGAGUAGCCAAAAGAUACAAAGUUCAUUUAGUUUGUAUGUUUUGAUAAAUUCCUUCACAAAUGAGACGUUUUUACAAGCUGAGAUUCCCACACAUCCUCAGCCAUGGAGAAACUAAUUUUAAAUGUAAUUCUUUUGUAUUUUUUAUUACAAUUAAAAGUUAUUUUGGCA